AGGUCACAGAAAAGCCACCUGUGUAAUUUUCCUGUCAAGUCAUUUUGAGGACUAGGGUUUGCAGCGAUUAGAGCCGGACAGGCUGCUCAACAUAAAACUGGCACCAUGAGGAAGUGGACGUGGGUGGCACUGGUACUGUGCAUUCUCUCUGGUCUAGCCCUGGCACAAGGUUCUAGCUGGAACAACUCACAGCUACAAAGGUUGGGCCAUAGGAACAAGAACACAAAGCUGGCCUACAACAGCAUCCUUGAACCUCAGACCACAGGAGUGACAGAGUGGACAUCCUGGUUCAACAUUGACCAUCCUGGUGGUAAUGGGGACUAUGAAAGGCUAGAGGCUAUUCGAUUUUACUACCGAGAGAGAGUGUGCGUGCGGCCUGUCGGCAUGGAAGUCCGUACCACGGACUGGGUACCUGCUUCAGACACUGGAGAGGUGGUACAUUCCAGUCUGGAGAAAGGAUUCUGGUGCAUUAAUAAAGAACAGCCAUAUGGACGCAUCUGCUCCAACUAUCACGUGCGAUUCCAGUGUCCACCAGUUGAAACAUAUUGGACAAACUGGAGUGACUGGAGUGCUUGCUCGACCACUGUGUGUAAUGAUGUCGGCAUCCAAGUGCGUCGACGGAAAUGCGUGAGUACCCAACCACUGCCCAAGCUGGUCACGCCAGCCUGCCCAGGACCUCAUGCUGAGCGGAAAGAGUGCUCUACUGCAACAUGUCAAGCCAAGUGGAGUCAGUGGGGGACAUGGAGCACUUGCUCACUGACCUGUGGGAAGGGUCAGAGAACAAGAAGGAGGACGUGUAACAGAUCCUCUGACAAACUCCGCUGCAGAGGACGACCAGUGGAAGUCCAAAAGUGUGGAAAUACCCCAUGUCCAGUUGUGUGUCAAAUUGUGUGUCCUGAGGGACACCCGAAUGAGGAGUGCAGCCACUGCAUUUGUGAGGGACAGACACUACAAGGUGAAGUCCUGAGUUUAACUGGGGUUCCAGUGUCUGGAGCCAAUGUCUCCAUGGCAGGCCAGUCAAAGGUUAUCCGUGCCCACACAGAUGAUAAGGGGUUGUUCAAGAUUCAUGGUAUGUGCUCAGGCCCUGAGACUCGACUACUCAUCAGCAAGGAAAAGUUUGCUCCAGCCACUGUUCCUGUUUUCAGAAACAGCAGUGUAAACCUCUGGGUUCGAGCUUUCCUUAGGUCCUCAGAAAAACCAUAUAUUCUAAACCAUCCCGAAGACAAAGAACGGUUUGAAGGACAACGUGUGACUCUUUGCUGCAAAGCAACAGGAACCCCAAUGCCUGAUAAAUAUUACUGGUAUCACAAUGGAACUUUGCUGGACCAAAAACUAUACAAGUAUGAUGGAGACUUGGUUUUGCGGGAUCUUAAACCAGAACACAGUGGGAUGUAUUAUUGCAAAGCCAAUAGUCCAACUGGAACCAUUAAGUCCAAUCCUGCAUUCCUGUCUGUUUUUGCCACAGGAACUCCAGCAUGUAAUGCUACACCAGAAAGUCACCUGAUUAAACUGCCUUUAGACUGCAAACAGCCAGGCACAAAAUCCAAGUGGUAUAAUGCUGGUCGAUGUACUCAUAACAAAUGCCCUGGAUCACUGGACUUUGACCUACGAUGCAAAGAUACAUCUAGCUUCUGUUGUGGGGUGAAGCAAAUGGAGAUGAAGGAGAUCAACUGUGGCAACUACAUUCUUCCAAUAAAGGUUGUGACUGAAUGCGGAUGCCAAAAAUGCAUUCAACCCAAAAUUCUGGUACGAGGUCGAGUGGUUGCUGCAGACAAUAAUGAGCCCUUACGAUUUGGACACAUUUUUAUAGGAAAAGAACGAAUAGGGAUCACAGGUUAUCAGGGUGGGUUCACAAUUCAGGUGCCCUCUGACACACAACGUCUGGUAGUGAACUUUGUAGACCCAUCUCAAAAGUUCUUAGAUACUCUUAAAGUGUUUGUUUUUGAUAAGAAGGGUGGUUCAGUUUACCAUGAUGUUAAAGUAAUGCGAAAGCAGGAACCAGUUGACAUCAACGCUGCAGAGAGCAAUACUAUUUAUCUGGGUGAAAUAAAUGGGGAGGAGCCAAUUGGUCAGUUGGUCAUACCUCCCAACUCCUUCCACAAAGGCACUGGGGAAAUGUAUGAAGGCACUGUUAAAGCGAGUGUCACUUUUUUCGAUCCACGCAAUGUCACAACAGCGGCAGCUAUUCCAGGAGACUUGAACUUUGUGGGUGAUGAAGGUGAUAUGCUUCCUUUGAGAACAUAUGGAAUGUUUUCUCUUGAUUUCAGAGAUGAAGCAAAUCGGGAGAUCCUUGGAGCUGGUGAAGUCCAGGUGCUCCUUGACACAGAACAUGUCAAAAUGCCAGAGCAUAUACCUACUAUGAAACUAUGGUCUCUGAAUCCAGUCACGGGAAUUUGGGAGGAAGAAAGUAAUUUUCAACCUACUCAGAUUACCACUGGUGGAAAUGGAAGGAAAAAAAGAGAGGAACGCACUUUUCUCAUAGGAAACAUGGAAAUCAGAGAGCGCAGACUGUUUAACUUGGAUGUACCUGAAAAUCGUCGCUGCUAUGUUAAAGUUCGAGCAUAUAUGAGUGACAAAUUCUUACCUACUGAGCAACUUGAAGGUGUGGUGAUCAGUCUUAUAAACCUGGAGCCCAUGCCUGGAUACUCAUCAAAUCCUAGAGCUUGGGGGCGUUUUGACAGUGUGAUAACAGGACCGAAUGGAGCUUGUCUUCCAGCCUUCUGUGAUGCCCAGAGACCUGAUGCAUACACAGCUUAUGUUACAGCCACAAUGGGAGGCGAAGAACUUGAGGCAGCCCCAUCUACACCAAAAAUGAAUCCUAACAUCAUUGGUGUAUUACAACCAUACUUGGACAAAUUAGAUUAUCAACGAUCAGAUCAUGAUGAUCCAGCACUCAAAAAAACUGCCUUUAGAAUAAAUUUAGCCAAGCCAAAUCCAAAUAAUCUGGAUGAAACCAAUGGGCCAAUAUAUCCUUAUCAAAGUCUAAUUUCAUGUGAAAAUGCACCCAUUGAUGCAAAUCAUUUCCGUUUUUUCCGUGUGGAGAAAGACAAAUAUGAGUAUAAUGUAGUACCUUUUCAGGAGAAUGAUCUUACAACUUGGACUGGGGACUACCUUUCCUGGUGGCCAAACCCACAAGAGUUCAGGGCUUGCUAUAUCAAAGUUAAGGUCCAUGGUGAAACCGAAGUUAUGGUCAGGUCAAAGAACUUUGGCGGUACCCAUUUUCAGACCAGAGGUCAGAUGUAUGGAAUUAGGGACAUACGCAGCACUCGUGACUUGAAACAUCCUAACACCUCUGCAGCUUGCCUGGAGUUCAAAUGUAGUGGAAUGCUUUUUGACCAAAGUAUUGUUGACAGGUCCCUCAUUACUGUCCUUCCACAAGGGAACUGUCGGCGAAUAGGCAUUAACAGUCUUCUACAAGAGUACCUUACAAAGCACCCACCUCUUCUACAGAACAACGAGUCUCAUGCAUUUACCAUGUUAGCUCCCGUGGACCCAUUGGGCCAUAACUAUGGGAUCUAUACUGUCACGGACCAGAACCCACGCAUUGCCAAAGAGAUUGCCAUAGGACGCUGCUUUGACGGUACCUCAGAUGGUUUCUCAAGGGAGAUGAAAUCAGAUUCUGGAGUUGCUCUAACUUUCAACUGCCCAAAAAGAAAUAUAAACCGUGAGAGCCUGUUCCAGCGCUUACAAACAAAUCCUAGCCAAACUUUGGCACAAAUGGCUCGGGACAUGAGGGAAUCACAGGGAACACAGGUCAGAAGAGGGUCACCACAGGUUGUGGCAUAUCCUUCUCAACAACAGGGUAUGACCCAGAGUCGCAGAGUUAGCAACAGCAGCAGGAGAAGAACUUCUACACGGACUCAACAGAGGCAGUAGAUCUGCCUAAAUGUUGUUAGGAGUUGCUGGCUGAAGACACUAGCAGAAGUGAUGGAAAUGACAAACUUGGUCAGUCUGGACAUUAUAUUCUCAGUGAUUUCUGAGCCAAGUUCCAUUAUUUUAAUAUAAACUCACUGUGGACAUCCUUUUUCUAGUUUUCUUAAUGGAACAAACCUUUACAUGCUUCCUCAUUCCCCCCAAAUUACUUGAUAUAUUAAGAUAUGUCUUGAAUGUUCAGGAUGGACACUUUUAUUUAUUUUAGCUUUUAGAAAGUAUCAAAGCAAGUGUGUAGUUACAGUCUUUUUGGGAUCUUACAUUUAUACGAUUUAAUUUUAGAAUUACCAUAAUAAUAACUCCGUAAUGAGCUUCCAUAAAUAAGGUUCCUGUUAUUCUGUUAAAGGUAUUCAUUGUCUGACUUAAGCGCAUGGUUUAGUGGACUAGAGACUUAAUGAACUAGAGCCCCUUUUCCCAAAUGAGCGAAGUAUUAGCCCAAAUGUAACUCAACCAUACAUAUUUUGUACAAAGUACAAAGUGCAACUCAAUUAAGCCAAAGAAAGAAAAUUUUAAAAGAAUAGCUAAUAGCUUUAGUGUCAAGACUCAAAACUACCUCCUGAAUCUUUUCAACAAAAUUGAAACCAAAUCAAUAAAAUUUUAAAGUACUGUGUAAAAUAAUACAUCACUGAAAGUGUAGCAUGGUUACUCAGAUAGUUCGUACAUAGGCUAUAGCAUAUUGUUCCUUAGGGUUAUCUGUCAGUCCCUAGAUGUGCAAUAAUUCUGACAAUGACUUGACAACCAAAUAAAAGGACUGUUAAAAGUUAGUCUAAUCUUAUGCAAGUUUAAGCCUUUUUAACAGAGUAUGCAUUGCUAGCCUACUAUCUAUUUCUUAGGAAUCCCAGCAUCCUACAAAACCUUAGUCACUUUUCCUUGGAGUGUUUUUACUGCACAUUUUGCAAUAUUUCAACAUUUUAGAAGUAGAGAGUUUACAGUUUGUAUAAAUUAAACACAUUCUAACAGAUUUGAUUAUCCCAGGACAUAUGUACCUACAGGACAUACAUUUUAUUUCACCCUGUGAACAAUUAAUAAAGGAUCUGGGAAAUCUGGAGUGUACAGAAAUAGGGUUAUUUUUAUUUGAAGUAGACUGUACCACUGAUAUAUAGAUCAAUUCUCAUUCUAUCAUUAUCAUUAUCAUGGCUUCAAAUACUAUUCGUACUAAAGCAUAAUUUGUCUUAGCAAGAGGUCCCCCAUGGAAACCAAAGCCCUUAUUAAGCCCUUAUGGCGUUUAUUUCCCAGAGAGAGUCUAACAGUCAUUGCAUGCUAAUUAGAUAUUUUACUUUAUAAGUCACAAAGGACUUAAUGAGGUAAUGAGGAGGACUAAAUGUUGUUUGUGCUUACACUUGGCCUGUCUAAGUCCCAAGAGUCCCAUAAACCAAUAACAAAUCAGAUUUGAAAAAACACAGGGAAAGCAUUGCACAACACAUGCACUUCAGGAGAUAGAAUCUAGAAUACAGCUUUUUCCUUUGUAAAGUCCAUCUAGAUAACCUUAGUACAGAGGAUAUUUGAGAAGCCUUAAUACCACAGUAAAGAAAUUUGUAAUCUGGAGACUUACAGUAGAUGUGUAGUGCUGAGCCUAUCACAGAAAGAAUCUAUUGUGUCAAGAUGUAAUACUUAUAGAGAGGGAGAAAUUUUAAACACGUUUGUUAUGUACUGUAAAUCCUCACUUUCCAUUCUGACCCUGAGAGUUCAGGGCAGAACUGAACAAAACUGCCAGAAAAAUAAUUAUGCUUCAUGGCUUCUAAAUAGCAGAAACGUCAGCCUCUGUGUCUGCAGAGUCCAGAGUGUUGACAGGCUGAGCUUAAUGUGUCCCACUGGCCCAGAUAGAAUCAUGGACAUUGUGAAUUAUAGGAAAAUAUGCAAGACAUUUGUUAAUUCGUAUCAGUUUUAACAAGGAUGGUCAGUGCUCACUGUUUUUUAAGUUUAAACUUUGCCUCAUGUGUUUUUCAUGAACCUACUAGCUAGGGGAUUGAGAAUUCUUGUUCCUAAUUGAAUGCAAAUGUAUCACUAAAAACGAAACAUCAAGCUUUAACCAAUAUCUUCAUCAAUAUAUUUUUAUGGGCAGUGGUUGCUUAAAUGGUUAAGGCUCUGGAUUAGUGAUUGGAAGGUCAUAUGCAGAAAAAUCAUUUCACUGUGCUGUAAGGUCACUCAUUGAUCACUCAUCAACUAUACAGCUUAAUCCUAUGUACAGGGUCAUAGGGACCUGGUGUCUUUCCCAGGAAACUUGUACAGGGUGCCAUUCCAUCGCAGGGCACACACACAUACACAGAUUCACACUCUCAUUCUAUUCUGCAUGUCUUUGGACUGUGGGAGGAAACUGAAGUACCCUAAGAAAACCCACCAAACACAGGGAAAACAUGCAAACUCCAUGCACACAGUGGCGGGAAUCAAACCCGGACCCCGAAGGUGCAAGUUGACAGUGCUAACCACUAAGCCACCGUGCCCCCUGUGCUGUAAGGUAUCUGUGACAAAAUUAUUGAAUCUUGAUAUGGAAGCUGAAUAAAAAUAAAAAUAACACUGAAAGUAACAGUUAAAAUUAUUUAUAAUGAUCUGUCUUAUCUGCUCAUUGUAACAUUCUUCACUAUAUCCAUUACAUAUAAAGCUUAUUAAAAUAUUGAGAUAAUAAUUAAUUACAUUGAUGCAAUACAGAAAUGGUAACCUGGCCUCCUUUUAGCUUUUGAAAUCUCCUGAGCCAUGAUUUUAAGCACAUGUCCUUUCUCAAGUGUCUGGAUGGUUUCAGAGAGACUAUAACUUAUUCAGGAAUAUCCUAUGGCCCAAUGCGCUUUGGGUAAUUUCACCACUGCCUAGCAUAUAAUGUAAGUUAUAUGGCUGCUAUGUUAGUCUGGAAAGAAAUCUCUGGUUGUAAUAAAAACAAUAUUUUGCACUCUAUGGAAUUUUCUGUACAUCUUCCUGUAACUGCAUGGUAAUGCCCAACUUUUCAUUGCAUAAUACUGUGUUAAGUGAUUAUGGCAAAGUCUGUUCACAUUAACUGUAAAUAAAAGUGUAUUGUGAUCAAA